CGUUGUGCAUGCCUACUCUAUAUGUUCACCUCAGUUACACCCUGUUAUGUUUUUUUAGGCUAUUCAGAGCGCAAAAGUGGGAACUAAUUACUUAUAAUAAUAUAUAUCAUCAACGAAUUUAACGUCGUUCAUCCCAUGACGCAGUUGAUAUUUUAUUGCCCUGACUAGCACCUAGCUAACGCAGCGCUAGCUAACAUAAUCUGACAUUAAACUCUACCAUCCUACAGAAAUUACAUAAAGUGUCCACUGAUGCAGUCAAGCUAAAGCAUUAUUUAGGAUAUUUGGGUGAAAUUGUGCAUAUUUUUUGUUAUAAUAUAGCCUAUAUCAUAAAUUAAUUAAACAGUUCAUCGCAUGACGCAGUUGAUAUUUUCUUGCCCUGGCUAGCACCUAGCUAACGCAGCAGAUACACUAGCUAACACAAUCUGACAUUAAACUCUACCAUCCUACUAGGGAUGCCAGCGAUUAAUCUAUUAUUCGUUACAGUCUCCAUAAUCGAAGAUUAUUUUUAAAAUUCGAUUUUAUUUAUAUAUUUUUUUAUUAUUUAUGUUUUUUUGUUUUUUUUCUGGCUUAGUUUCAACCAAAAUAUAGACUAAUAAUAGUAAUAGUAUUAAUAAUUGUAAAUGGCCAUUGGUCACAACACCAGUUUUGACUGUAAAACUUGGAGGAAGCCAGCAGCGCAGACUGCUGCUGCAGCUUGCUACACACCGACCCCGCCGAUUUUGAUCAUGGUCAGUUUCUGGCAUCCCUACAUCCUACAGAAAUUACAUCAAAGUUGGUCUGAUACAGUCAAGCUAAAGCAUCAUAUAGGAUAUUUGGGUAAAAUGUAUGUCCUAGGGGUCCUGGACUCCUGGUUGAAGACCCAUGGAAUAAAACGUGUAAUUCUAGGGAAUUUCGUCAGUACAGUUAUAUUUGCAUUGCACCAGGAGGCUGAUAUAUAUUUGUACUGUUAGUUUAUGCAUACUGAUUUUUAAUCUGCUUUGUUUUCCUCCAUUUUCAGGAUUAUACUACAAGACGAGUCAAGGGGAUCACUGCAAUACACAAGGCCAAGUAAAGUAAUUAUAGCAGUGCCACCUCUCUUUACCUAAGAUGGCUUCUUAUUGGUCUAAAAGACGUAGAGUCAUCAGAACUGUAAGGGACAUGGAGAAAGAUAUCCUUAAGGAAUACGAGGAAACUCUUUAUAAUAACAAGUCACAUUUAGACCCCUGUGUGAAUAGGGAACCACCCUUCAGAAUCUCACACGUUUCCCAACUAGAUACACCACUAGCUUCCCAUGUACACAUGGAAAAUGAUCAUACUGAUGGUAGUUUAGCUGGAGAUGAUGACGUUGAAUCAGAUCAUGUACAAAUGGGAAAUGAUCAUACUGAUGGUAGUGUGGCUGGGAAUGUUGAAUCAGAUUCUGACUCCGACAGCCAUGACGAGCAUCAGCUUAGUCAGGAUCUGCUUAUGAGGAGCCUAAGAUAUUGGGCAACAUCCUACUCAAUCAAUCUGGUUGCUUUGUCUGCUCUGCUGUCCAUCUUAAAGCUUUUUCACCCUAUGCUCCCUAAGGAUGGAAGAACUCUGCUUAGAACACAACAUGAUGUUGCAACCACUCAAAUGCAAGGUGGCGAGUACUACCAUUUUGGAUUGGUGCAAGGGAUACUUUCACGAUUGAAAUGUUUGAGUUUACCAGUGAGCCUCAGAACUCUUACUUUACAGUUCAACAUAGAUGGUCUCCCUCUCUUUAAGAGUUCAAGACUUCAAUUCUGGCCUAUACUUGCAAUUCUGAAAUGUGAUUAUACUAAGUCCCCAUUUAUUGUCGGUAUCUUUUGUGCUUUAAGCAAGCCCAAGUGUGUUGUUGAGUAUCUGCAGCAAUUUAUUAGCGACCUUAAAAAUGUACUGGCUAAUGGCGUUGUUCAUAAUGGUAACCGAUUGAAAGUACUGGUUUCCUCAUUUGUGUGUGAUGCUCCAGCCAGAGCCUACGUUAAGAAUAUCAAGUCACAUAAUGGCUAUUCAGGGUGUGACAAGUGUGAUCAACAUGGUGUGUGGAGGAAGAAAAUGACUUAUCCUGAAACAAAUGUCAGGCUCAGGACAGACUCAAGUUAUUGUGAUAUGAUUGAUGAAGAACAUCACUUGAAACAGACACUCAGUCCUUUAACAGGGACAGUAAAGAUGGUUUCUUCAUUCCCAAUAGAUUAUAUGCACCUCUGUUGUCUUGGUGUGAUGAGAAAACUGUUGAAUAUGUGGUUAAAGGGCAAUCUAGCCACUAGGCUUCCUUCACAAACUGUUAACAGUAUAUCAAGCAAACUGCUGGGGUUACAUUCCCACACCCCUUGUGAAUUCAAUCGCAAGCCAAGGGGUUUGAAUGAGCUGGAUCGUUGGAAAGCUACAGAGCUCCGAUCCUUCAUACUGUACUGGGGCCCUGUAGUUCUGAAGGAUUGCCUUCCCAGUGAGAUUUAUGACAACUUUAUGUUGUUUUCAGUGGCCAUGUAUUUGUUUUUGUCUCCUGGAAUUUCUGGCCAAAAGGUUGAAUUAGCGCAUAGAUUGAUGAUUUCCUUUGUGGAACACUUUGGACAGUUGUAUGGCAGGGAUCAGAUUGUGUUCAGUGUACACCAGCUUAUACAUUUAGCCGAUGAAUACAAACAAUUUGGACCUUUAGAUAAUGUUUCAGGAUUCCCUUUUGAGAAUUAUCUUGGCCAAAUAAAGCAUCUUUUACGCAAGCCACACCAACCUCUACAACAGGUGGUCAAAAGGUUGUCAGAACAGCCACGUUGUGAGGUUCCAUUACCAACAGAUGAACCAGUCUUACAGAAAAUCCACACUGAUGGUCCACUCCCUCAACAUUUCGGUGUUGCUGUACAGUACACAAAGGUCUCCAGUAGUCGUUUUACUUUGUCUACAAAGCAGGGGGAUAAUUGUAUUGAGGUGGGACAUAGUAUUGCAGUAGUGCAGAAUAUAGUCCAGGAAGAAGAUGAGGUAUAUGUGAUCUACAAAAGGUUCAGACACCAAGAAUCAUAUUACACUUAUCCCUGCGAGUCCUCAUGCAUAGGUACAUACAAGGUUAGAGAGUUGUGUGACAAUAUCGGGGUUGGUAAACUUGGAUGUAUCAAACGUAAAUGUGUUCUGUAUCCAGAGUCAGAAGGAAAUGGCCUCAUAGCUAUUCCAAUAGCUCAUAUGCAGUAGCAUACCGCUCAUACUGCUGGGCGAGUAAAUGACAUCUUAUGAUUUAUGAGCAGGUUUUUUUUUAAUCAUUUACAUUAUUUCCUUUAUUGUAUACAGAAUGGAAAGGGAGGUGGUGCUUUGGGCCGUUGUACUUUUUCCAAAUGGCGGAGCUGCAACAGUUCUUGCCAGCUGGUUCAGUCUAAAGGAAGGUAAAUUGUUAUGGCCCCCAAAAAACAUGUAUUUGAAGGCCCUUAAAGAACACAUGACGGCCCAUAAAGGAUGGACCACAUAUGCGAAUGUCCGGCUCUUGAUUACUUGUGACUCAUUGGAAAAGGCCAAACGAUACGAAGAAAAGUAUGUGAAUACUGGAUGUCC